GAGCUGAGAUGCCCCCUCCCGCAGUUUCCGGAAACCUUCAGGCCGAUUUCCCCCUCCCCGAAAGAGAGAAGUAAAGGAAAGGAGCUUCCUCGAUGCAUCCGGAUCGGUGGGGGAUCGAGCUAUUGGCUCGCCUCUUUCGUCGCGGCCGCCUCGGCGGGAGCCACGCGCUCAUCCUUGGAAGCGGGCGGCAACGCCGCGGUGGGAAGGCAGAAGGCAGAAGGCGCGGCGCGGCGCGUCCGGCGGAGCUGCGUUUUUUUGCAAAGGCGCCAUGACCCGCUUGACUGAUUUGCAUCCAGCGCUCUCAUCCUCCUCCAGGCGAUCGCUCUUGCCCGGCAGUUCCUCGCCGCUGCUCCCCGUCUCUCCUCGGGCCAAGUUGCGAGGGCGAGAGGGGGGCGGGAAGAGGUGCUCGCGGGGACGGAUUACAAGCAGGAACCGGGCGCGCUUGGCUGGGGGCGCGGGGGGGCACAUGAAGGCGGCGGCAGGCCAGCAGGGUUGAAGUUGGCCAGGUUGCGCUUCGGCCCAGGAUGGAAGUUGCCAAGCGGAUUCUUUGUCUAGACGAAGAAGAGAAGGAAAAAGCGACCAUCCUUCCGUCUGCAAAGCCGCGCCAGCCGGGGCGACCCACCGAUAGCCAGGCAGCCCACCCUGCGCGGAUCACCUUAGUCUCGUAAUCCCUCUGAACCAUGAAGCCUUCGAUGGCAGAUCCGCCCCGUCAGAGAAGGAUGCUGUGGAUUACCCUUCUAAGCACAAUUGCAGUAGCAUGGACUACCCCCAUUCCUUUGAUCGAGGACUCAGAGGAAAUUGAGGAACCCUGCUUUGAUCCUUGUUACUGUGAAGUCAAAGAAAGCCUUUUUCAUAUACACUGCGACAACAAGGGAUUUAUAAAUAUUAGUCAGAUAACAGAAUCAUGGUCAAGACCUUUCAAACUUUACCUGCAGAGAAACUCCAUGAGAAGAUUAUACACAAACAGUUUUCUCCACUUGAACAAUGCUGUUUCUAUUAACCUUGGCAACAACGCACUGCAAGACAUUCAGACGGGGGCCUUUAAUGGGCUCAAAAUUCUGAAGCGAUUGUACCUGCAUGAGAAUAAACUAGACAUUUUCCGAAAUGAUACUUUCCUGGGAUUAGAGAGUCUGGAAUAUCUGCAGGCAGAUUACAAUGUUAUUAAGCGAAUUGAAAGUGGGGCAUUUCGAAACCUGAGUAAACUCCGGGUCCUGAUCUUAAAUGACAAUCUAAUUCCCAUGCUUCCCACUAAUUUGUUUAAGUCGGUGUCUCUGACUCACUUGGACUUGCGUGGGAAUAGGUUGAAAGUACUUUCCUAUCGAGGGAUGCUGGACCACAUCGGUAGGAGCUUGAUGGAGAUUCAGUUGGAAGAGAACCCUUGGAACUGUACUUGUGAAAUAGUUCAGCUGAAAAGCUGGCUGGAGCGUAUUCCGUAUACUGCCCUUGUGGGAGACAUUACAUGUGAGACCCCCUUUCAUUUUCACGGCAAGGACUUGAGGGAAAUCAAAAGAAAUAAACUCUGCCCCAUGUUGUCUGACUCAGAACUUGUCAGCGUUGGUGUCCCUCAGUUAUCCUCAAGCAAGGAAAAUGCUUGGCCUACUAAACCUUCUUCCAUGUUGUCCUCCUUCCAUUUCACCGCUUCCUCUGUUGAAUAUAAAACCUCCGUUAAGCAGCCCAAGCCAACAAAACAGCCCAGGGCUCCCAAACCACCACCUACACCCCGAGGCCUGUACCCUGCACCCAACCAGCCUCCGAUCGCUGCAUACCAGACAAGGCCACCUAUACCCAUCAUAUGUCCUACCGGUUGCUCUUGCAGUUUGCACAUCAAUGAUUUGGGUUUAACUGUCAACUGCAAGGAAAGAGGGUUCCACAACAUUUCUGAGCUCUUGCCCAGGCCCAUCAAUGCCAAGAAACUCUACCUGAGUGGGAAUUUGAUACAAAAAAUUUACCGUUCAGAUUUCUGGAAUUUUUCUUCCUUGGAUCUUCUGCAUCUUGGGAACAAUCGGAUCUCGUAUGUGCAGGAUGGGGCUUUUAUUAACUUGCCUAAUCUGAAAAGCCUGUACUUGAAUGGAAAUGACAUUGAGAAGUUGACCCCAGGCAUGUUCAGAGGCUUGCAGUGCUUGCAUUAUCUGUACUUUGAGUACAAUCAGAUAAGGGUGAUCCAGCCCGCCGCCUUCAGUCUCAUGCCUAACCUGAAGCUGCUCUUCCUCAAUGACAAUCUCCUGAGGACCCUGCCUACUGAUGCCUUUGCUGGCACAUCCCUGGCCAGACUCAACCUGCGGAACAACAAAUUCCUAUACCUGCCUGUGGCUGGUGUGUUGGAGCACCUUAAUGCCAUUGUCCAGAUAGACCUGAAGCUCAAUCCUUGGGAUUGCACGUGUGAUCUGGUGCCUCUUAAGCAGUGGAUCGAGACAAUCAGUUCUGUCAUUGUGGUGGGGGAUGUCCUUUGUGCCAGCCCAGAGAACCUUACUAAUAGAGAUGUCCGCUCUGUGGAGUUGGAGGUGUUGUGUCCAGAAAUGUUACAUGUUGCCACUGCCUCGCCAGCCCCCCCACCAUCAGGUCACCCAAGUCCUACCAGUCCCUCACCCUAUGAGCUACCCCCUGCUGGAGGAGGGCCAGUACCACUCUCUGUGCUCAUCCUUAGUCUACUUGUGCUGUUCUUCUCUGCAGUCUUCAUUGCUGCAGGCUUGUUUGCCUUUGUCUUACGCCGACGGCGCAAGAAGCUCCCUUUCCGGAACCAACAGCGGCAGGAAGCCCUUGACUUAACGGGCAUCCAGAUGCAAUGUCAUCACCUCUUCGAGGAGGGAGGUGGUGGAGGAAGUGGUGGAAUGAGUGCAUCCCCAGAGAAGGCACCCUCUUUGGGUCAUGUUUAUGAUUACAUCCCCCAUCCGGUAACCCAGAUGUGCAACAAUCCCAUCUACAAGCCGCGUGAAGAAGAUGAAGUUAUAGCAGGAGAAUCUGGGCAACCUGGGGACAUACUUCUAGGAGGUGGCAAUGGAGGUAGUAGCUGUGUUGGGGAACACUUUGCUGACCCCACUAAGGAGAGUGGGAACAGUAGCUGCUAUAGGACCUUGCUGGAGAAGGAAAAAGAAUGGAAUCUGGCAGUGUCCAGCUCACAGCUCAACACCAUAGUGACAACCAACCAUCACCCACACCCUCAGACAUCUGGAGGAGGAGUUGUUGGGGGGAUUCCUCUCUUGGGGGAGCUAGCCCUGGUGCCGCCUGUCUUCCACCAUGAGAAGAAUGGUGGGGUAGUGCUCUUCCCUCCUAGUGGUGCCAUUCUAGACAACAGGGAGAGGCCCCCAUUGGUCCCUCCAUGCUCAGUGGGCUUUGUGGACUGUCUAUAUGGCACAGUGCCCAAAUUAAAGGAACUGCACGUGCACCCCCCUGGCAUGCAAUAUCCAGACCUACAACAGGACGCCAGGCUGAAAGAAACUCUUCUCUUCUCGGCUGAGAACUGAGUUGACACAUGAAAAAAAUCCGAAGGAAAAGAUUUCCUUGGUGGAGAAAAAAAAUUAUCCAUCCGUAUGGCCAGUAGAUGGCACCCAAGCUCCAGAAAUGCCACCCGGAGAUCAGAGGCUACUUUUGAAUGGUGCACUCAGCCUAUCCAUUUGGAGUCCCGAAUCUGCCCUUAAUAGAAAAUCAUCACGUUGAAUGUAAUUCACCAGACGUCACUAAUGCCUUACAUGAAGAUAAAAAUCAAACUAAAGGGAAACUGUGGAGAGUACCUCCUUUAGUAUGUACCAAUAUGGUGGGGGUACCCUGUUUCUGAUGAUUUCAAGCAAUGGUUUUUAUAUUUAUAUAACACAGACACACAGACACACACUCAUGAAGAGAGGGGAAAUGUAUUUACAAAAUAAAAUAAGUCAUAAAAGCAAUUUAUUUGUCUUACUAAAAUGUUAUCCAGGGAAUUUAAAGUGUCUCUACUUGUAAAAUGAGGUGUGGUGGGGUGGGGAACCUACAGUAUUUGCCUCUCACACUCUUGAUCCAUGAUUUGUUUGUUCUAAUUUAGUUAAGGAUUCAGUGCAUAACUUGCGAUCUUGGGUGUAAAAUAUAUGUUCAUAUCGUUGCUAAUCACUCAGGAUGUGUUCCUUUAAAAAUAAAACUAAAAUAAACUGGAAUAGGAAACUCACCUUAUCCCGUUCUAUAGCCUGGUAAAAAUUGGAGCUCUGAAAAUUAAGCUAGUUGAAGAUCUUGAAGAUCUUACUCUUGAGUUUUCCCUUUAUAGUCACCUACUUGGCGAUAAUAUGAGAUGUAUCCCACUUAAUAAUAAUAGAAAUUAAAUGUAGGCUCUUCCAGUCAGACAAUUGGGUUGAAAACAGUACAACAUUGCAUUUACUUACUGAAUCUUAUUUGCAAUAAUUGAUCCACGAAUUACACUUAGCAAGGCAGUAACAAAAGCUAAGUUUUUGCUUUGUGAUAUCUUUGUGCUAUUAAUCAUAGGCAUAUUGAAUCAAAGUAAACUUGUGUACAAAGCUCAAGUCAUAAAAUGUGUAAUAUAGUUGACUGGUUUUAGUUAAGUAUGCUUUAUGUCCAGAAACGUUUAUGUCACUGGUCCAUCUACUCUGAGUUGCACUAGCUUUCUAGAACUUACUCAGGCCUGUGGUCUUAACUGGAUUGAGUCAUUGGCUUCUCCCCUAAAGUCUUAUUUUACUAUUGUCAUUUUUCGUGUGUAAAGUGGAUAUAGUCCCCCCCUGCACUACAUAAAGAUGAUUAUUCCUUUAUUCCAUAAUAGAGAAAAUAGCUCUAUUCCACAUAGGAAGAAAGAAUCUAGAAUUUGGCUACAUAAUACUGUUCAAAAUCCAGCAACAGGAAAUUAGAUUGAAAGGGGUGGCAUUUUCAGGUAAGAUAGAUUCAUGCUGGAUAGAACUAACUUUGUAUAUGA